GCCCCGGGACCUACACUGUGCCCUCGCUCCUGGGCCCGCGCGUGGUCGGCAAAGCCUCGGCCCCGACUUACUCCAUCUACGGCCGCAGCGCAGUGGGCAGCUUUUUCGAGGACCUCAGCAAGACCCCGGGCCCCUGCGCUUACCACGUGGUCAGCCCCGGGGUCUACAAGCCUCGCGCCCCCCACUUCACGAUGCUAGCGCGGACUUCGCUCCCCCAAGACCACACUCUGAAGCCGGGGCCCGCAGCCUACAACGUGGACCAGCACCGGAAGCCUCGCGGAUGGAGCUUCGGAAUCCGGCACUCGGACUACCUGGCCCCGAUGGUGACCGACGCGGAUGACUAACAGCGGGACGGGCGCCCCCCACCGUGGUUUGCUUAAAG